AUGACUGGAGUGUUGAGGAAUGCGAGUCAGCCGGACAUCAGAAAGGCGUACAAACGACUGGUCCUUCGCUUUCAUACCGAUAAGAUUGGACACAACAAUAGGUCCAAAAACAUUGACCACAAGUUUAAACUGAUUCAAGAGAUCUAUCGGGUGCUCAACGAUCGUCAACGACGACAAGUGUAUGACAAAAGACAUCCCAGUCAUGGAAACUAUCGCAACAGAUAUGUGGAGCACACGGUGUAUGUGUCGCUCCGGGAUGUGCUCCGGGGCUGCACUAAGCGUAUGAAAGUGACCCGAAAGCUGUGGUAUUCGGUCCGCGAGUUCGCAACCGAAUCGGAAAUACUGACGAUUGUUGUGAAACGGGGCUCAAAGUCGGGCACUCGUAUGGAGUUUGCCGGUCGUGGGAACCAUCCCUACUAUUCCUGUGCCGAAGACAUCGUGUUUGUGCUGAAAGACAGGCCCGACAACCGGUUCCGACGCCACGGCAAUGAUAUCGUAUACACGGCGCGCAUCCAUUUGGUCGACGCCACCGUUGAUCAGCCAAUAGCUGUUCCGUUGCCGUCCGGUCGGACACUAGAUGUGUCGCUGGAUUGGCCCGACAUUAACCGGUUGUUCAAUCAUCGCAAGUGUGUUAUAUUGAAAGUGGGUUUAGGACUUCCCGAUGGCAAUAAUGCCGCCAUUAAAGGAGAUCUAAUCAUUGAAUGUGUGAUCAAUUGA